AUGGGUGACGCUCAGAUUCCUUUGCAGCACAAUGGGGCUCUCCCACCUCUGGACCUAAAGAACAUCCAGGGAGAUAUCCUUGAAGGUAUUGCCAAGAAGGUGCAGACCUUCUUCUUCUUCCGCAUCAAGGCAGACCACGCUGCCUCGUUCCGGAACCAACUCACACACCUCUUGCCUCUGAUCACUUCAGCAAAAGACGCCCGAAGCUUUCGCGAGGAGAUCAAGGAUGCAAAGAGAAGGAUUGCUCCUGAGGGUCACCAGAUUGGCCUCAUCGAGAACAGUUCAGUCAACAUUGCAUUUUCUCAAUUCGGAUUAACUGCACUUGGAAUCACCGACGACAUCAAGGAUGGGCCGUUCAAGAUUGGCCAGAAGAAAGAUGCCGUCGAAAAGCUCGGUGAUAAACUCGAGGACUGGGAUCCGGCAUUCAAGAAUGAUGUUCACGGUGUCAUACUCGUUGCUGCCAGUCACCAGCACGUUCUCAACCGUGGUUGGGACAGAGUCAAGCACAUCUUCCAUGUCGGCCACAAGGACGCCAGUAUUGAAGUGGUCAAGGAACUUGACGGCAAGCUGAGACCUGGCGCUGAGAAGGGGCACGAACAUUUCGGCUUCAACGAUGGUCUGUCUCAACCAUCCGUCAAGGGUGUAUCGGCCCCCGAUAUGGAUGGACCUCAUGACGGGCCUGUGGACCAGGGAAUCAUUCUCGUUGGUCGAGAAGGUGACAAUGGUGAUGUUCCUCCUGGCGCCGGUCAAGUUGGUCCAGGCCCCGUAUCCCGUCCAUCGUGGGCUAUUGACGGUAGCUUCCUGGCCUUCCGCUAUCUCAAGCAGCUCGUGCCCGAGUUUGACGCCUUUUUGGAGAAGAGCGCCAAUGCCGCAGAUGUGGGCCCGGAAAUUCCCAGGGAGGAAGUCAAAGACCUUCUAGGCGCGCGUCUUGUCGGCCGCUGGAAGAGCGGCGCACCAGUCCAGUUGGCACCCGGCAGGGACGACCCCUCCCUCGCGGCUCCUGACAAGAAUCAGAAUUUCCGGUUCAACAUUGAUAGCCAGGAGCUUUGCCCCUACGCAGCACAUAUUCGCAAGACCAACCCGCGUGGUGACCUUGAUUCCAAGAAUGACGAUGGUACAAUCAACAACAACACCGAUGUUCGCCGCAUUAUCCGUCGCGGCAUCACGUUUGGACCCGAGGUCACGCCCGAGGAGCGAGAAAGCAAGAAGAGCUCCAGUGAUGACAAGCUCGAGAGAGGUCUAUUAUUUGCUUGUUACCAGAGUAAUAUUGCCAAUGGCUUUGAAUUCCUUCAGAAUGUUUGGGCAAACAACCCGGACUUCCCCUUUCCUCCAAAUGGUAAGCCCGGUUUCGAUCCCUUGAUCGGAGUCGCCCCGGCGGGUACCGUGAGGGAGAUGGAGGGCGCUUUCAAGAAUGACUUGACCAAGCCGCUCACUUUGACCGCGGAUUGGGUCAUUUCUCGUGGUGGCGAGUAUUUCUUCUCUCCAUCCAUUCCUGCCUUGAAGAAGACUUUUGCCAAGAAGGCGUAA